GCCUGUAGAAGGAGCUCUUCAGUCUUACCUAAUCCAGAGCCAAACGUACACAAACAUGGCGAUAACACAAGCGGGCAGGAUGCAGUCGUCUCUUCGGUGUUCGUUGUAUUUAUUAGUCCUCGGGGUCGCUGGAAUAAAUUCGUCGACCCUUCGUCUUCACCCGGAGCAGAGCUACGUGCUGCCUCAAAACAGAGGGUUUUUCACGAUAGAAGCGAAUGAGGAUUUCCCAGACGGAGAUGGAGGAGGCGCCGCGGCUCCAGCGCUGCAUUUGGCCGACCGUAGUGCCUCCGAAGGCGGGUCAGACUCCGGCACCUACCCGCAGCAUCGAAGCCGCCGGAGCACCGGAGAAUCGACCAUGCCGAAGGUGUACGGGCAGGCCAACCUGAAUGACUCCCAUAACCAGAUGGUGGUCCACUGGGCGGGAGAGAAGAGCAACGUCAUCGUAGCCUUGGCCCGAGACAGCGCUGGAGCCACCGGGCCCAGGACCAGCUCAGUCUACGUGUCCUACGAUUACGGGACCACCUUCACGCUCGUCUCAGAGAAGUUCCAGCUCCUGGGGCCCAAGUUCAAGGACGGCAGCAAGCAGGUCAUCUCCCAGUUCUACCACAGCCCAGCAGACAACAGGAGGUACCUUUUCGUAGACUCCACCAACAACUACCUGUGGAACACCUUUGACUUCUGUAAGAGCGUCCAGGGCUUCUCCCUGCCCUUCAAACCCACAGACCUGCUGCUGCACAGCAGGAGAUCCAACCUGGUGCUGGGCUACGACAGCUCCCACCCAAACAAGCAGCUGUGGAAAUCGGACGACUUUGGGGAGACAUGGGUGUUGAUCCAAGAGCAUGUGAAGACCUACUUUUGGGGUGUGGAACCCUACGACCCCCCCACCACAGUGCUGGUCCAGAGACACGAGCCCCAGGGAGUCUCCACUAUUCUCAGCAGCACCGACUUCUUCCAGAGUGAACAGAACCGCAGAGUGAUCCUGGAGCAGGUGGACAGCUUCCAGCUCCGGGACAAGUACAUGUUCGCCACCACCACACGGAAACUGUUUGGCAGCCACGAACCUUCAUCUGUUCAGCUCUGGGUUUCCUACAACCGCCAGCCGAUGAAAGCCGCCCAGUUUAUGACCCGCCAUCCGAUCACGGAGUACUACAUAGCAGACGCAUCUGAAGACCAGGUGUUCGUGUGUGUGAACCACCUGAACAACGUCACACACCUGUACAUCUCAGACACACAGGGCCUGUCCUUCUCCCUGUCGCUGGAGAACGUGCUGUACUACAGUCCUGAGGGCUCAGGGAGCAACACACUCAUCAGGUACUUUGCCAAUGAGCCGUUUGCUGACCUGCACCGCGUGGAGGGGCUGCGAGGCGUCUUCAUCGCCACGCUCAUCAACGGCUCGGUCAGCGAGGACAACAUGCGAUCCGUCAUCACCUUCGACAAGGGAGGGACGUGGGAGCUGCUUCAGCCGCCCGCCGCCGACAGCCUGGGAGGAACCGUGGACUGUCAGCUCAGUAAAGGUUGCUCCCUUCACCUGGCCCAGCGCUGGAGCCAGCUGUUCAACAUCCAGCUGAGGAGGAUGCCCAUUUUAUCCAAGGACUCUGCGCCGGGAGUCGUCAUGGCCACAGGAUCUGUGGGCAGGAACUUAGCCAGCAAACCUAAUGUGUACGUAUCGAGCAGCGCUGGAGCGCGGUGGAGAGAGGCUCUGGCCGGCCCUCACUUCUACACAUGGGGAGAUCACGGUGGGAUCCUGAUGGCUAUCGCACAAGGAGGCCCCACCACACAUCUCAAGUUCAGCACCAACGAAGGCGAGACGUGGACCGACUUUCAGUUCUCAGACAGGGAGGUGUACGUCUACCAGCUGCUGACGGAGCCGGGGGAGAAGAGCACCAUCUUCACCAUCUUCGGCUCCUACGCAAACCAGAGACACAGCUGGCUCAUCCUGCAGGUCAACACCUCCGACGUUCUGGGUGUGCCGUGUUCAGAGGCCGACUACAAGCGCUGGUCUCCGUCGGACGAGCACGGUAACGAGUGUCUGCUGGGCAGAGAGAUAACCUUCAAGAGACGAGCUCCUCACGCCACGUGUUUCAACGGGGAAGACUUCGACCGGCCCGUCACCGUCUCCAACUGCUCCUGCACACGCCAGGACUACGAGUGUGACUACGGCUUCAAGCUGAGCGAGGACCUGUCUCUGCAGGUGUGCGUACCUGACCCCGAGUUCUUAGGCGACCUUUACGCUCCUCCAGUUCCCUGUCCCGUUGGUACAACCUACCGCCGCAGCAAAGGCUACAGGAAGGUUCCAGGGGACAGCUGCAGUGGAGGAGACGUGGAGUCCAGGCUGGAUGGAGAGAUGCUGCCCUGUCCCGUCGGAGAGAGUAACGAGUUCAUCCUGUACGCCGUGAGGAACUCCAUCCACCGCUACGACCUGGCCACGGGCACAGACCAGGCCCUGCCUCUGGCCGGACUCAGGGAGGCCGUGGCCCUGGACUUUGACUACGACAAGAACUGCCUGUACUGGGCCGACAUCUCUCUGGACACCAUACAGCGUCUGUGUCUGAACGGCAGCACGGGUCAGGAGGUCGUCGUGAGGAAAGACCUGCAGAACGUGGAGGCCCUGACCUUUGACCCCAUCAGCAGACUGCUCUACUGGGUCGACGCUGGAGCGCAGAAGAUCGAGGUUUCUAACCCUGAUGGAGAUUUACGCCACACUCUGCUCAACUCCUCCAUCCUGGAACAUCCCCGUGCUCUGGUUCUGCUUCCUGGAGAGAGCAUGAUGUUCUGGACCGACUGGGGGGACCGAGCGGCCGGCGUUUACCGGAGCUACAUGGACGGAACCAACGUGUCCUGCAUCGUGUCGGACGGCGUCCGCUGGCCCAACGGGAUCACGGCCGACGACCACUGGCUGUACUGGACCGAAGCCUACAGCGACCGCAUCGAGAGGGCCAACUUCAACGGGGGCCAGCGGAGCGUCCUCAUGGAGGGGCUGCCCCACCCGUACGCCAUCGCCGUCUUCAAGAACGACCUGUACUGGGACGACUGGUCCAGGAUGGGAAUCUUCAAAGCUCCAAAAGCUGGUUCCCAGAACAACGAGCUGAUUGUUGGGAGGCUGACCGGAGUCAUGGACCUGAAGAUCUUCUAUAAGGGGAAGAACCGAGGCCACAACGCCUGCGCCGACCAGCCGUGCAGCCUGCUGUGUCUGCCUCAGCCCGGCCACCGGCACACCUGCGUCUGCCCGGACGGCGCUCCGACCGUGACCAUGCCCAACGGCGAGCUGCAGUGUCAGUGUCCCAGCGGCUACCAGCUCCAGAACAACACCUGCGUCAAGACCGAGCACAGCUGUUUGCCCAACCAGUACCGCUGCUCCAACGGCCGCUGCAUCAGCAGCAUCUGGAAGUGCGACAGCGACAACGACUGCGGAGACAUGAGUGACGAGCAGGAGUGUCCCACGACGACCUGUGACCCGUCCAACCAGUUUCGCUGCGUGGCGUCAGGCUCCUGCAUCCCGCUGGCCUUCAAAUGUGACCACGAGGACGACUGCGGAGACAACAGUGACGAAGAGCACUGUGAGUCUCACCAGUGCGGCCCCGGGGAGUUCACAUGUGCUCGAGGUGUUUGUAUCCGCGAGGCGUGGAGGUGCGACGGAGACAACGACUGCAGGGAUUGGUCAGACGAGGCCAACUGCACAGUGGGCCACCAUACGUGUGAGGCCAGCAGCUUCCAGUGUCACACGGGUCACUGUAUACCACAGCGCUGGGUGUGUGACGGCGACGACGACUGUCAGGACGACUCGGAUGAAGACCUUCGAUACUGUGAGGGAACUCGGUGUAAAGGCUUCCUCUGCUCCAACGACACCUGCCUGCCGGCCACCGUCCACUGCAACGGCAUCCAGGAGUGUCCGGACGGCGCAGAUGAACACAACUGUGACCCCCUGUGCACCCGCUACAUGGAGUUUGUCUGCAAGAACCGAGCCCAGUGUCUGUUCCAGUCUCUGGUUUGUGACGGGAUCAAACACUGUGAGGACGGAUCCGACGAGGACGCCGAGUACGCCGGAUGCGCCACACCGUCUGAAUUUGGCAAAGUGUGUGACUCUUACACCUUCCAGUGUGCCAACGGAGUGUGUGUGAGCCUGGAGUGGAAGUGUGACGGCAUGGACGACUGUGGGGAUUACUCCGACGAGGCCAACUGUGCCGCUCCCACCGAGGUCCCGGGCUGCUCCAGGUAUUUCCAGUACGAGUGCAGAAACGGACGCUGUAUUCCCACGUGGUGGAAGUGUGACGGGGAGAACGACUGUGGCGACUGGUCUGACGAGGCGCAGUGCACAGGUGGCGUUACUCCUCACACCGUGGCCCCCGGCCCCUCGACCUGCGCCCCCAACCGCUUCCACUGCGGCUCUGGAGCCUGUAUCAUCAACACCUGGGUGUGUGACGGCUACGCCGACUGUCCCGAUGGCAGCGACGAGCUCGGCUGUCCCACAGCUGUGAACGGCUCUGUGACGCUGGCUCCCGCACCCACCCAGGCCCCUCCUCCCCCGCCCUCCCCCGGCCGUUGCGGUCGGGGUCAGUUCCUGUGUCGCCGACCCCCCCGCUGCAUCCCCGACUGGCAGCGCUGCGACGGGCAGCUCCACUGCCAGGACGGCUCUGAUGAAGCGCACUGCCCCACACGUGGGCCUCUGUUCUGUGUCAACGGGACUCGCUGCUCUGACGGCGAGGCCUGCGUGCUGGACAGCGAGAGGUGCGACGGCUUCCUGGACUGUUCGGACCACAGCGACGAGGACAACUGCACCCUGGACACCCUGGCUUAUAAAGUCCAGAACCUCCAGUGGACCCCUGACAUCCUGGGUGCCAUUACUCUGACCUGGUCUCGUCCCAAGAACCUUCCCGUGGACUCGUGCUACUUCCUCAUCUACUACAGACUCGUGGGCAUGCAGCAGUGGACCAUCAUGGACACUCACAGCAACAAGACCAGCUACAAGCUGACGGUGCUGAAACCCGACACCACCUACCACGUCAAGGUCCUCACUCAGUGUCUCAGUAAACUGCACAAGACCAACGAGGUGAUCACGGUCAGGACGCCAGAGGGAGUGCCGGACCCUCCCAGGAACCUGCAGCUGUCUUGUGAUAACGGCGAGGACGGGACGGUGGAGGUCUCCUGGAGUUCCCCUGACAAAGGACACGGCCUCAUCAGGGAAUACAUCGUUGAAUACAGUGAGCGUGGAGAUCUUGAUUGGACGUCACAGAGAUGCAUCACAACCAGCACCGAGGUGAAGGAGCUGCAGCCGGACACUCUGUACAGGUUCAGGGUGGCAGCAGUGACCAGUCGAGGUGUUGGGAACUGGACGGCGGUUAAAUCCAUCACUCCUAAGAAAGCUCUUCCUCCGCCCUCCGUGAUCGCCGACAGCAUCACCUCCGACUCCAUCAGUCUCUCGUUCAGCUUAAACUCCCAGUACGAUGUGAAGCAGUACAUCGUGAUUCUGUCCUGGCAGUUUGACAAACACGUGAAGGAGAGCAAGAACUACACGGUCAGAGAGGGGAUCCUCAAAGCUACGAACCUGACAGCAGGGACGGUGUACGAGGUGGCCGUGUGGGUCCACACCAGUAUAGGAGACAGUCCCACCGCCCUCUCCCACCAUCAGACCAACGGCACCCAGCCAGAGAGACCCUACCUCAAACUCAGGGCCCUGAACCAGACAGCUGUGGACUGCAGCUGGACCAUCACUGGAGACCCUGCACAGAUGUAUGGUGUGUAUUAUGCCACCUCCUUCCUGGAUCUGUACCGGAGUCCUCACCUGGUCCGCAGCACGUCCCUCGGCCUCACGGUGACAGUGGACAGCGACGAGCAGUAUCUCUUCCUGGUGCGCGCCGUGUCUCCGUUCCUCGGCCCUCCCUCCGACUACGCCGUGGUGAAGAUGAUCCCCAACGAGAGGCUGCCGCCGAGGAACCUGCACCGCGUGCGGGUGGACAAAACGCAGGCGACGCUGAAGUGGCAGCCGCCGUACGACGCCCCGAACGCACCUCUGACGUAUGCGAUCCACGUGCGGGACGUGAUCCGUAAAGUGGAGUGGGAUUACAAACUGACCACGCAGAACAACACGGUGGAGUAUCUGCUGAAAGGCCUGGAGGCCGGAGGCCGGUACAGCGUCUCUGUCCGCCUGCGCAACAUGAGCAAAGAGGCCAGCUUCACUCUGAGCACAGUUCCUCUUCCGGCUCCGGAGGCUCUGAAGAUCCUGACGGAGAAAGACCACGUGUUCCUCUUCUGGAAGAGUCUGGCUGUCAGAGAGAAGGGCUUCAACGAGAGCAGGGGGUACGAAGUGCACGUGCACGACAGCGUGACCAACCAGACGUCUUACCUGGGAAACACCACGGAGACCUACUUCCGGAUCAGCAGCCUGCUGGUGGGACACAACUACACCUUCUCUGUGCAGGCGCGCUGCCUGCUCAGCGGUCAGCUGUGCGGGGAACCUGCUCUGCUGCUCUACAACCAGCUCACAGCAGGGGCCAGUGAUGCCUCCCACGGUGAGGGCCACUCAGGGGACAUGGCGGCCGUGGUGGUCCCCGUCCUCUUCCUGCUGCUGCUGGGAGUGUGCGGCAGCUUGGUGGCGCUCUACCUCCGACACCGCCGGCUGCAGAACAACUUCACAGCCUUCGCCAACUCCCACUACAACUCUCGCCUGGGCUCCGCCAUCUUCUCCUCUGGGGACGAGCUGGGUGACGAUGAUGAAGACGCUCCGAUGAUCAGCGGCUUCUCGGACGAUGUUCCCAUGGUCAUCGCGUAGCAACACAUCCCUCCAUUACCUAUUUCUCUCUCUUCCCUUCUCCCCUUCUCUUCUUCUCUCCCAUCACUCCCCAACAAUGUCGCAAAUCUGUUGAUGGGACCCCAACCCCCACCCACU